AUGUCAAACCAAGCUUCCUCCUACAUCGUUGCAGAUGCUUUCCUCGAGGCUUUGGCGGAAGCCGGAGUCGAUUACCUCUUCACGGUGCUUGGCUCCGACCAUCCAAGUAUCAUCGAAGCCUAUGUGCGCCGACAAAAAUUGCUGAAAAAGGAUUUUCCCCGUAUGGUACUGUUUCAACACGAGUUCGCCGCUAUGUCUGCAGCAGAUGGCUAUGCCAGGAUCACGCAACGUCCAGCCUGUGUUAUUGCCCACGUAGAUGUUGGCACCGCUGCCUUAGGACAGGGCCUGCAUAACGCCUCAAGUGGGCGCGCCCCCGUCGUUAUUUUCGCUGGUGUUGCUCCAUCGACUCUUCAUGGCGAAGCUGUUGGUUCUAGAUCGGAACAUGUCCAAUGGUAUCAAGAUAUCCCCAAUCAAGCUGCCCUUGUCGCACCAUAUAGUCGAUACACGGCGGAAAUAAAGUCUCCCCAACAUGUGCAGACUAUCGUACACCGAGCCGUCCUAAUGGCGACCACUGGGUCGCCAGGACCAGUCUACCUCACAGCAACGCGAGAGAUCUUGGCACAACCGAUUGAAUCCCUAGAGUCUAGGCAACGACCAAUUCCAUCCUGUCGGUUGGGAGGCUUGUCCACAGAUGCUAUUGAGGUGAUAGCCAACGCGCUGAUUGAAGCGAAAGCGCCACUGGUUAUUACGGGCUAUCUAGGACGAAACCACCAGGCAGUGAAAAAUUUGAUCACACUAGCAGACCUCAUCAAGGGUAUUCGGGUGUUUGAUUCGGAAAUUCGCGAAGUAUGCUUCCCGGCUGACCACCCAGCCUGGGUGACACGAGGCACUGGUGCUGCCAAAGCUGUGCAGAAUGCGGACGUCGUGCUCGUCAUUGAUGCCGAUGUUCCAUGGAUCCCCACCAAAGUUAGGCCAUCGCCUUCGGCCGAGAUCUUCCAUAUUGAUCUAGAUCCGCGAAAGGAGAAGAUGAACAUCUUUGACAUUGGUGCUACAGCGACGUUCCUUGCUGAUAGUGCCACUGCUUUGUCGCAACUGACAGAUUAUGUAUUGAAGUCGGGCAAGGUCUCUGCUGAGUCUUAUGCUGAACGGUGGGACGCCGUCAAAGCCAGUUUUGGAGAAGGCCAAAGUCUAGUUAUCGGUCGUGCGUUGAAAGCUUUGGAAACCCCGGAAUCUCCAACCUCGGUUGACUUCUUACUACACUCUCUUCGCUCUGUAGUGCCCAGUAACACAAUAUAUGUUUCGGACUCGGUCACAAACCAAGUCUUACUCAGCGAGCAACUGCGAUUCACUCGGCCAGGGUCACACCUGACCAAGGGAGGCAGCGGCCUUGGCUGGUCAGGCGGUGCUGCUGUUGGCGUAAAGCUCGCAGCAAAACUUUACGAUUUCACAGACCGGCCUAAUGUACGCCGCAAAGACUCGACCGAUACCAGCGAGGAUCCUUUUGUGUGCAUGAUCAUAGGUGACGGUAGCUUUAUCUUUUCAGUUCCAACUGCUGUAUACUGGGCCAGUCAUCGACAUGAUUGUCCUUUUUUGACAAUAAUUCUGAAUAACGGUGGGUGGCGUGCGACACGCCAAUGUAUAGUAGACGUCCACCCUGAAGGGGUUGCCUUUGGAACCACCAAUGAAGAGCUGGGCAUCGCACUUGAGCUUGACGGUCCCAAUUAUGGCGAGGUAGCUAAAGCGGCUGCCAAUGGAAACUUGUGGACAAAACGAGUCACUCGCGUGGCGGAUUUGGAGCAAGCCCUAAUCGAGGGCAGAGAAGUGGUUCUCCAGCAGAAGAUAUCUGCCGUUAUCGAUGUCAUCGUGAAAUGA